GAAAAAAAGAAAAAGAAAAACAUCCCAUCGCACUUUCUUUCUCCCCGCAAGAAGACGGAGGAAAACGGAAAACCCAGAGAGAAUUUUGAACAGAAGAGUUGAAAGCUCAGUCUCGAAGAAGAACAGAGCAGUGGCAAGAAGAAGAAGAAGUAGAGAAAAUGGCGUUGGAGGAUGACGACUGGGAUUUGAGCGCGGAGGACUUGGAUUUUAUCGAGCGAAACGCGCUCCAUCAGCUCUCUCAAGCCCGCAGCAACCCUUCCCCUCCUUCUCCGUCUCCUUCGCCCUCUUCCUCUCUCCCGAAUUCCGGUCAGAACCCACAAAAGCGGGCCCUCCUCGACAGCGUCGUACGUGGUUCUGUGCCCGCUCCGGCAGGUUCUUGCCCCAACCAGGGACAAGAUUUAUCAGCAGAAACUAGAGCAAGUAGCGAUAAACCUUCAGUGGAGUUGCAGAAGUCCCCUGUCACUUUUUCACUUCAUUCGAGUGGAAAUAUUGCUGCGAAAUUUGCUUAUGAUCAGGUAAUAGUUGGUGCUUUUCGCAAGAUCCCAAAAGCUACAUGGAAUGCUAAAGAAAGAGUUUGGAUGUUCCCUGUAUCUUCUUUGUCAGCAGCUGAAAAAGUUCUCAGUGAAAUAUGUGGUUCAAGUGUUGAGAUAGUCAAUUUAGAUCCAUUGGUUCGUCGUGCAAUUGCUGCUGCCUCGUCACUACCAGACCUCCAAGAUCGCUAUGAGAGAAUUCCGAAUGAUGUUGAGUUGAAGCUUCUUCCUUUUCAACGGGAUGGUGUUAGGUUUGUGUUGCAGCAUGGCUUACGUGUACUUAUAGCAGAUGAAAUGGGACUGGGGAAGACAUUGCAGGCUAUUGCUGUUGCUGCAUGUGUUCGUGAUUCUUGGCCUGUUCUUGUUCUCUCGCCAUCUUCCUUGCGUUUGCAUUGGGCUUCAAUGAUUCAACAGUGGCUGAAUAUUCCACCCUCAAAUAUACUUGUUCUUUUGUCUCAAGGUGGUGGGUCCAAUAGAGGAGGAUUUAGGAUAGUUUACUCUAACAACAAGCACGGUGUACAUCUUGAUGGGUUAUUCAAUGUAAUUUCUUACGAUGCUGUCCCCAAGAUUCAAAAUGCCCUGCUAUCCUCUGACUUCAAGGUUGUGAUUGCAGAUGAAUCACAUUUUCUGAAAAAUGCACAAGCUAAGAGGACAACAGCCUCACUUCCUGUCAUUAAGAAAGCUCAAUAUGCAAUUUUGCUAAGUGGAACCCCUGCCUUGUCAAGACCAAUAGAGCUUUUCAAACAGCUCGAAGCGUUGUAUCCUGAGGUUUAUAAGAACGUGCAUGAAUACGGCAAUAGAUAUUGCAAAGGGGGCAUUUUUGGCGUUUAUCAGGGUGCAAGUAACCACGAAGAGUUGCACAAUUUGAUGAAGGCAACUGUCAUGAUUCGGAGGCUUAAAAAGGAUGUUCUUAACCAACUUCCAGUAAAACGGAGGCAACAGGUUUUCCUGGACUUGGCCGAAAAGGACAUGAGAAAGAUCAAUGCUCUCUUUCGUGAGUUAAAGACUAUAAAAGAGAAAAUCAAAGCCUGCACAUCCAAAGAGGAGGCUGAAUCACUUAAGUUUACUGAGAAGAACCUUAUCACAAAGAUAUAUACCGAUUCUGCUGAAGCCAAGAUUCCCGCGGUGAUAGAAUAUCUUGAAACUGUGGUUGAGGCAGGUUGCAAAUUUCUUAUCUUUGCACAUCAUCAGUCCAUGAUUGGUGCGAUACAUCACUUUCUUCUUAAGAAGAAGGUGGGAUGCAUACGAAUUGAUGGGAGCACCCCUGCAGUGGCAAGGCAAUCCUUUGUUACAGAUUUUCAGGAAAAAGAUACAAUAAAGGCAGCAGUGCUGUCCAUCAGAGCUGGAGGAGUUGGCCUCACUUUAACAGCUGCAAGCACUGUUAUAUUUGCGGAGCUUUCAUGGACUCCAGGUGACCUGAUUCAAGCGGAAGAUCGUGCUCACAGGAUUGGUCAGGUUUCAUCAGUCAAUGUAUACUACCUUCUAGCAAACGACACUGUAGACGACAUAAUAUGGGACGUUGUCCAGAGCAAGUUAGAAAAUUUGGGUCAGAUGCUCGAUGGCCGUGAGAAUACCUUGGAAGUUUCUGCAAGCCAUCAGAGUAGCACCAGUCCUGCAAAGCAGAAAACUCUCGAUUCAUUCUUGAAGCGCUGCAGUAAUGAUGAGAAUUCUGAGCACCAGUCAAAGCUAAAAUAUCCGAGACAUUGAUUUGCAAGAGUUUCAAGAGAAAUGCAAGAUAGGAUAUUGUAUUUUUCGCUAGAAGAUGAAUAGCAAAUUGUGAAGCGGAAGUGCUCUCGGAGAUCUUGCCUAACAUUAACGUUUCUAACCGUUGAAGGUCAUGAGACAAACAACAAUAACCGAAAAGGGAGAGCAUGAAAACUCCUCCAAAGCCUUGAGAUAAUAGAGAAUGUAUUACGCAUGGAAUCGCUAUUCAUGACGGGUCUGUAAAGUGUAAUGUGCAACAUGACCAACCCACUGCCGGAAGGGUCAGAGAAAAGCAAGAAUGUACCACAUGUUGAUAUUCAACAUGAAGUUGGAGCUUCUCGUGUGCUUUUAGAAGAGACUUUUUUUCUCCUACUUCCAUAAAGGAAGAAAAAUGUGACGGAUACCGGAUAGUAGGGCCUCAAGCAGUCCUUGCCUUGUAGAUACUUCUGCUGCAUAUGAUGUUAUGGGCACACAUUGUCCUAUCAAACUCUCUCGGUGAUGUCGUAUAGCACGCCCCGUGCAUCAAUCUGUAUGAUCGUUAUUGUGAAUAUAUAUCAUUGUCCUAGUAGAUAA